AACAAUAUAAACACUGUUUUCGUCAUUUAUACAGCAUUUGUGGAUAGUUUCUGCAACUGUCACUUUAUGAUGACCAAAUGUAUUUUUCUAGCUGGCCUCUCCCUGGCAUUGUGUCAAUUUGGAUUGGCCUCCCAGCUAAUAUGCUACUUUACAAACUGGUCUCAGUACAGACCUAAUGUCAGCAAGUACCUGCCAUCUAAUGUGGAUCCACACCUUUGCACUCAUUUAAUUUAUGCAUUUUCCAUUAUUAAUCAGGCAAAUGAGUUGACCACCUUAGAAUGGAAUGAUGAAACUCUCUACAGAUCUUUCAAUGGACUGAAGAAAACAAAUCCCAACUUGAAAACACUCUUGGCUGUUGGAGGAUGGAAUUUUGGCACAGCUCAGUUUAGUGCCAUGGUGUCCACACCACAAAACAGACAGACUUUUAUACGGUCCUCCAUCAGCUUUCUGAGGACUCAUGGAUUUGAUGGACUGGACCUUGAUUGGGAAUAUCCUGGAUCCCGUGGAAGUCCUCCAGAGGACAAACAAAGAUUCACUCUGCUUUGCAAGGAACUCCUGGAAGCUUACAAGGCAGAGAGUGAAGCUACUGGAAUCCCCAGACUCAUGCUCACUGCUGCAGUGGCUGCUGGGAAAGGAGCCAUUGAUACUGGUUAUGAAAUAUCAGAAAUUGCUAAGUUUUUGGACUUCAUCAGUGUCAUGACCUAUGACUUCCAUGGCUCAUGGGAAAGGUUCACUGGACACAACAGUCCUCUCUAUCAUGGCAGUGGAGAUAAAGGGGACAUGAUCUACUUUAAUACAGAUUUUGCAAUGAAAUACUGGAGAGAUCAGGGCGCCCCUGUUGAGAAGUUGAGGAUGGGGUUUGCAGUAUAUGGACGAACAUUUCAUCUGUCGUCCACGGCCAGUGAAGUGGGAGCUCCAGCUAGUGGUCCUGCUUCAGCUGGAACAUACACCAAAGAGGCUGGAUUCUGGUCAUACUAUGAGAUCUGUACUUUUCUUCGAGGAGCCACCACACAAUGGAUUAAUGAUCAGAAAGUUCCAUAUGCAACCAAGGGACUGGAGUGGGCUGGAUUUGAUAAUAAGGAGAGCUUUGAGACAAAGGUGCGCUACCUAAAGGAGAAUAAGUUUGGAGGAGCCUUUGUCUGGACUCUGGAUCUUGAUGACUUUACGGGACAGUUCUGUGGGCAGGGCAAGAACCCACUCAUCAGCCACCUCCAAACUCUUCUUAAUACUGAACUACUUCCUCCACCUCCAAAUACAACAUAUCUGCUUGGUGAAACUUCAACAAGAGCAUCCACUGCUGCAUCCCAUUCCAUAAGACCUUAUAUUCAAACAACAGCAGCACCCAGAACAGAGUUCUGUGAAGGCAAGCCAGCUGGGAUGUUUGCAAAUCCAGCUGACCUGAUGUCCUUCAUACAGUGUGUUAAUGGAAAGACUUUUGUACAGAGAUGCCCUGCACAGACCGUCUUCAAUGUCAAUUGCAUGUGCUGUGACUGGCCUGAGAAUUAAUCUAAUGUGCAUUACUGUAAGAUUCCUGCAAUGGAAUUGUUAAGUCUGCAAUAUAGCUUUCUUUGUGAAUGUGUACAAUGCUAUACAGCAUGUUUUUUAUUAUUUUUGGUGAAGCUAGUGGCACAGAAAUGACACACUUCACCAAUAAAUCUUACAGUUUUGUGCUAAAGGGAUGGUUUACCUAAAAAUUUAAUUAUCUCACCAUUUACUCUGGGUAGCAGUCAUCUCAUAAUAAGAAGGCCCCCGGUUUGAGUCACAGCUCACCCAGGACUGUGAUGGAGUUUGUAUGUUCUCCCCAUGUUCGUGUGGGUUUCCCCAUAGUCCAAAACAUGCAGGUUAAGUGAAUUGGAAACUCUAAAUUGCACAUAGGUAAGAGUGAGAGUGUGAAUGUGUGUGUCUGCCCUGUGAUGGACUGGCCACCUAUCAAGGGUGUUUCCCUGCCUUCAGCCGGAGACAGCUGGGAUAGGCUCCAGCAAUACCCACGUCAAGUGUCUAUACAAGAUGGAUGGAUCUUCCCCAGUAGAUUCAUACAAUGCAAGUAAAUGGUGACCAGACAUGUCAAGCUCCAAAAACCUCACAAAGGCAUUAUAGAAGUAAUCCACAUGACUCCAGUGGUUAAAUCUAUGUCUUCAGAAGAAAUACAAUAGGUGUAGGUGAGAAACAGAUCAAUAUUUAAGUGCUUUGAGUAUAAAUCUCCACUUUAAAGUAAAACAUGGAGAUUUAUAGUAAAUAAGUAUUGAAACAUUGAUCUGUUUCUAAACGAAAGUGAUUGCAUCAAUUCAGAAAACGAAUAUUAAACCACUGGAGUCAUAUGGAUGAUGCCUUUUAAGUGCUUUUUGGUGUUUGAAAGGCCUGGUCAACAUUUAUUUGCAUUGUUCAGAUCUACAGAGCUGAAAUAUUCUUCUAAACAUCUUUGUGUUCAGCAGAAGAAAGAAAGUCAUACACAUCUGAGAUGGCAUGAAAGAGUAAUUGGUGAGAAAUGUUUCCUUUUUGGGUGAACUUACUCUUUAAUACUUAAAGAAAUGUAUUCCAAUGCCAUAUAGACAGAUGAGAAUAUAAUACUAAGACCUUUCUUACAAUAAUAUUAUGCUACAUACAUAUUUUAGGAAGGGAGCAAUGUCAAACUUGUCUGAUUAAAACUAACCUGAAAAGUCUAAUUUUCACAGCAUUGCUUAUGACUGUCCACUUACAGUGCAUCUGGAAAGUAUUCACAGCGCUUCACUUUUAUGUUACAGCCUUAUUCCAAAAUGGAUUAAAUUCAUUAUUUUCUUUAAAAUUCUACAAACAAUACCCCAUAAUGACAAUGUGAAAGAAGUUUGUUUGAAAUCUUUGCAAAUGUAUUAAAAAAAAAAAAAUCCCAUGUACUCACAGCCUUUGCCAUGACACUCCAAAUUGAGCUCAGGUGGAUCCUGUUUCCACAGAUCAUCCUUGAGAUGUUUCUACAACUUGAUUGGAGUCCAUAUGUGGUAAUUUCAGUUGAUUGGACAUGAUUUGGAAAGGAACACACCUGUCUAUAUAAGGUCCCACAGUUAACAGUGCAUGUCAGAGCACAAACCAAGCCAUGAAGUCCAAGGAAUUGUCUGUAGACUUCCGAGACAGGAUUGUAUUAAGGCACAGAUCUGUGGAAGGGUACAGAUACAUUUCUGCAGCACUGAAGGUCCCAAUGAGCACAGUGGCCUCCAUCAUCCGAAAAUGGAAGAAGUUUGGAACCACCAGGACUCCUAGAGCUGGCCACCUGGCCAAAUUGGGUGAUCGGGGGAGAAGGGCCUUAAUCAGGGAGGUGACCAAGAACCUGAUGGUCACUCUGACAGAGCUCCAGUGUUUCUCCGUGGAGAGAGGAGAACCUUCCAGAAGAACAACCAUCUCUGCAGCACUCCACCAAUCAGGCCUGUAUGGUAGAGUGGCCAGACGGGAGCCACUCCUCAGUAAAAGGCACAUGACAGCCCGACUGGAGUUUGCCAAAAGGCACCUGAAGGACUCUCAGACCAUGAGAAACUAUUCUCUGGUCUGAUGAAACAAAGAUUGAACACUUUGGCCUAAAUGGCAAGCAUCAUGUCUGGAGGAAACCAGCCACCGCUCAUCACCUGGCCAAUACCAUCCCUACAGUGAAGCAUGGUAUGGCAGCAUCAUGCUGUGGGGAUGUUUUGAUCCAGCAGCAGGAACUGGGAGACGAGUCAGGAUUGAGGGAAAGAUGAAUGCAGCAAUGUACAGAGACAUCCUUGAUGAAAACCUGUUCCAGUGUGCUCUGGAUCUCAGACUGGGGUGAAGGUUCAUCUUCUGACAGGACAAUGACCCCAAGCACACAGCCAAGAUAACAAAGGAGUGGCUACGGGACAACUCAGUGAAUGUCCUUGAGUGGCCUAGCCGGAGCCCAAACUUGAACCUGAUUGAACAUCUCUGGAGAGAUCUGAAAAUGGCUGUGCACCGACGCUCCCCAUCCAACCUGAUGGAGCUUGAGAGGUCAUGCAAAGAAGAAUGGGAGAAACUGCCCAAAAGUAGGUGUGCCAAGCUUGUAGCAUCAUACUCAAAAAGACUUGAGGCUGUAAUUGGUGCCAAAGGUGCCUCAACAAAGUAUUGAGCAAAGGCUGUGAAUACUUAUGUACAUGUGAUUUUUUUUUUUAAAAAUUUUUAUAC